UUCAAACAGAAGCGUUUCUCAAAGAAGUUGAAACCCGACUUUACAGGAAACGAAAAUCGACGACGAUCCUAUCGCUACAGGAUUUUGAGAAUAUGCCGCCGUCUCUGCCAAGGCUCCCGUUUUCGAGAUUCUUCAGGCAGCUGGAGCAGGAUAUGGAAACUGUUGUCAAGGUACUGCAACCUGGACCGUUGGGAAUCAUACAACACAAGUUUACACCAGAGGAGAUCAAAAUGGCCAAUGCAACAGUAGCAAAAGCAGUAGAGAAUUGGCAAAGGGCAAUUGCUGCUUGCGGCGAGCAGGAUAGCCCUACGCUGGAAGGUUUUAUAGACAAACAGAGAUUUCCUGCAUCAACCAAUAUGAAUUAGAGUCAUGUGGGAGGUAUAAUUUUGCUGUUGAUGGUCAACUUUAGAUGUAUAAAGGUUGGGAAUUUAGGUGGUAGAGAAAAAUCGUAUAUGAGAAUCUUGUGGUUUGAGGGAUUUAAAAGCUGUUGAAACUCCUGAUUCUUGAUGAAUGCAGAAUAAUGUUUACUA